UCAGCUUCCGGUUUCCUCAAAGCAGUAAGCUGCCAACUCAUCCGUUACAAUCCACGUACAAAUUCGAUUAACGCUUACACCGCAAACCGCCAAAACCACCACCAUUCACCAAUCAUCUACCGGAUUUUCUCCGCUUCCAGCCGCCGUCGCCACCGCUACCGCGUUGACGAGUCAGUUUAGUGUUAUAAUGGAAGCUUCCGUGUAUACCGUCAACACAAAAUCGUGCUUCAGCCUCCACAGCCGCGGGAUUUUGACGAGAUCGACGAUUGGAGUAGGAUGCAGUGUUCGCGCGACGAAGAGGAACAACGCUUUGAGGAUUAGCUGCGGUGGUUCGACUUCAAUGGGGAGAGCGGGAGGUAGUGUUCAGAGUUUGUUCGGUUCAUCGGCCAAGGCUAGAUUAGUCAGAGCUCAAGCUUCUGAAGGAGAUAUUGAGAAUGUCGCCCCUGUGAAAAUCCCGGUGAAAUCGUCUGGUUCUGUGUUGCCGUAUGUUGGUGUUGCUUGUCUUGGAGCAUUUCUAUUUGGAUAUCAUCUAGGAGUGGUUAAUGGAGCUCUCGAGUACCUUGCUAAGGAUCUCGGAAUUGCAGAGAACACAGUGCUGCAAGGCUGGAUUGUUAGCACACUUCUUGCUGGUGCCACAGUUGGUUCGUUUACUGGAGGUUCAUUGGCAGAUAAGUUUGGGCGAACAAAGACUUUUAUUUUGGAUGCAGUUCCACUUGCUGUAGGAGCAUUUCUUUGUGCCACUGCCCAGAAUAUAGAGACAAUGAUAAUAGGUCGGUUACUUGCUGGCAUUGGGAUUGGUGUUUCUUCUGCAAUUGUGCCACUUUACAUCUCUGAGAUCUCACCAACUGAAAUCCGAGGUACACUUGGAUCUGUCAACCAGCUAUUUAUAUGUAUUGGGAUUCUUGCAGCAUUGGUGGCUGGUCUACCGUUGGCCGGGAAUCCUCUGUGGUGGAGGUCAAUGUUUGGUGUUGCGCUUAUUCCAUCUGUUUUACUCGCACUUGGAAUGGCAUUUUCUCCUGAAAGUCCACGAUGGCUUUAUCAGCAAGGAAGAAUUUCUGAUGCCGAAGUAUCUAUUAGAAGGCUAUAUGGGAAAGAAAGAGUUUCUGAGGUUAUGAGGGAUUUGGCUGCAGCAGGACAGGGUUCCACAGAACCAGAAGCAGGCUGGUUUGAUCUUUUCAGCAGCCGUUACUGGAAAAUUGUUAGUGUAGGUGCGGCUCUCUUCUUGUUCCAGCAGCUUGCUGGAAUAAAUGCCGUUGUUUAUUAUUCAACUUCAGUAUUUCGCAGUGCUGGAAUAACAUCUGAUGUUGCUGCCAGUGCUCUUGUUGGAGCUGCAAAUGUAUUUGGCACAACUGUUGCAUCCUCGUUGAUGGACAAGCAAGGACGCAAGAGCCUUCUUCUUACAAGCUUUGCUGGAAUGGCUGCUUCGAUGUUGUUGCUUUCUUUGAGUUUUACUUGGAAGGCCCUGGCACCAUAUUCAGGAACACUUGCUGUUCUUGGGACAGUUCUCUACGUAUUAUCUUUCUCUCUCGGUGCUGGUCCUGUGCCUGCUCUCCUUCUUCCAGAGAUCUUUUCAUCUCGAAUCAGAGCAAAAGCAGUGGCAUUAUCUCUGGGCAUGCAUUGGAUAUCAAAUUUUGUGAUUGGGCUCUACUUCUUGAGUGUUGUAACUAAGUUUGGAAUCAGCACGGUGUACCUGGGAUUCGCUUCUGUGUGUCUCCUUGCAGUUAUGUACAUAUCUGGCAAUGUCGUGGAGACAAAGGGGCGCUCCUUGGAGGAAAUUGAACGCGCUUUAAGCCCCGCUGUUUGACACAUUUUUCCUAGUAUGUAUUGUGUGUUAACUUUUUUUUUUUUAUUGUAGUAACUUAAGUUGUUUUUAUGCCAACUCCAGCUAGGACUAUAGAGGAGUUUGACGUACAUGGAAUGGACAGAGUUGUUCACUUACAUUUUGAAUAAUAUAAGCUCCCUUUGGUAA